AUGCCAAUGCAUGUAAAACUGAGGCUGCCACAGCUUCUAAAACUUCAACUGCCACCAGCAUACGCCACUGCAACUGCAACUGCACAUGCAACUAAAACUGACUAUGCAACUGCAAAUGCACAUGCUACUGCAUUUGCAACUGCAACUACAUAUAAAACUGAAACUGCAACUACUAAUGCUAAUGCAACUGCACAUGCAACUGCAACAGAAACUGCCAAUGCAACAAUAACUGCACAUAAUACUUCCACUGCCUAUGCAACAGAAAAUUCAAUUGCAGCUACAAUUGCAACUGCUCAUGCAACUGUAACUGCCACAGAAUUAGCAGGCGCAAAUGAAAUUGCUAAUGCACUGGCAACUAAAACUGACAAUGCAACUGAAAAUAGACAUGAAACUGCAUUUGCUAAAGCACAUGCAACUUUACCAACUGUACAUGCAUCAGUAAUGGCAACUGAAACUGUAACAGCACAUGCAACAGCAAUAACAAACGCUACAGCAUCAACAACUGUAACUGUACAUACAAUUGCAAAUGCAUCUAAAACCGCAACUUUUACUGCAACCGCAUAUGCAGCUAAAACUGCAACUGCACAUACUUUUGCAGCUGCAACUGUCAGAGCAUAUGCCGCUGCAACUGCAAGGGCAGCUACAUUAACAAAUCCGACUGCAAACGCAUAA